CAAGAGCUCUCAAUGCCAUGUUUGCACGAUGGAGGAUUUCAGCUACAAAUAAUUGGAAUAUUAGUGGUGAAUUAUGUAGCGGUGUAGCCAUUGAUGAUACAGAAAUUAUAACCUUAAAUCCGGGCAUUAAAUGUGACUGCACCUACAACAAUCGGACUACUUGCCACAUUACUGCUCUGAGAGUUUAUGAAUUGGAUAUUACCGGUACAAUUCCAGACGAGCUCUGGAACUUGACCUAUAUGGAUGAUCUAAAUUUAGCCCGAAAUUAUUUAACCGGUCCAAUUCCUGCAUCAAUUGGCAUUCUCAAUCGCAUGCAGAGCUUUGGGGAAAAUGCAUUGUCAGGGGAGGUUCCAAGAGAACUUGGACUGUUGACUGACUUAAGAUCAUUGUGUGUCCCUUUAGUUCCAUUCAUCCACGUGAUCGAGUUGAAAUUUCUCAUU